CGUUUAUUAAAGAGGAGAGUGAAGACAUCACAAUUGAAGAAAUGUUCAGUAUGAAAGAUACUGAGCAACAAACAGACCUAAUACCAAUGAAAGAGAAAGUAUUGAAUGAAACUGAAGGGAAAGAUGAAUAUGGGAAUCUUCUUGAUUUCACAAAUAGAAGAGAAUCUUUUAGACAUUUACAGACUGAAAAGACUUCCACACCAAAAAAAGCUCAAAGCAAUCAUUUCACUUUCAAUCAAAAAGGAAAACUUAAAGUCCACACUGGAGAGAAUCCUUUCACCUGCCAACACUGUGGAAAAAGUUUUAUUCGUGAAUUAAGUCUUGAUGUGCAUAUGAGAGUUCACACUGGAGACAAGCUGUACACAUGCCAACAGUGUGGAAAAAGUUUCACUCAAAGAGGAAGUCUUAGCACGCACAUGAGAAUUCACGCUAAAGUGAAGCCUUACCCAUGCCCUGAGUGUGGAAAGAGUUUCCAUCAACAUGUUAACCUUAAAGCCCACAUGAGGAUACACACUGGGGAGAGCCCUUUUACCUGCCAACAGUGUGGACAAAGUUGCAAUCAUAUAAUCAGCCUUAACAGACACAUGAGAAUUCACACCGGAGAGGAGACUUACACAUGCCAGCAGUGUGGUGAGAGCUUUGCUCAACAUGUAAACCUUGAAGCCCACAUGACAAUACACAAUACAGAGAGUCCCUUCACCUGCCAACAGUGUGGAAAAAGUUUCACUCAUAAAGGAAGCUUUAACAUCCACAUGAGAGUUCACACUGGGGAGAAGCCUUACACCUGCCAACAGUGUGGAAAGAGUUUCACUCAAAAAGGGAGCUUUAAUUGGCACAUGACUCUUCACUCUGGACAAAAGCCUUACACCUGCCCUGAGUGUGGAAAGAGUUUUGCUCAUCAUGGAAAUCUUAACGUCCACAUGAGAAUUCACACUGGAGAGAAGCCUUACACCUGCCAACAGUGUGGAAAGAGUUUCACUCGUAAAGUCAAUCUUGACAUGCAUAUAAGAAUUCACACUAGAGAAAAGACAUACACAUGCCAACAGUGUGGACAAAGUUUCCAUCAUAAAGUAAGCCUUAAAAAACAUGUAAGGAUUCACACUGAAGAGAACCCUUACACAUGUCAGCAGUGUGGAGAGAGUUUUGCUCAGCGUGUAAACCUUAAGGUCCACAUGAGAGUCCACAUUGAAGAGAAGCCUUACACAUGCCUUCGUUGUGGGGAAAGUUUCGCUCAACUUGGAAACCUUAAAGUCCACAUGAGAGUCCACAAUGGAGAGAAGCCUUACACAUGCCAGCAGUGUGGUGAAACGUUUGCACAACAUGUACAUCUUAAAGCCCACAUGAAAAUACACAAUGGAGAGAGUCCCUUCACCUGCCUACAAUGUGGAAAAAGUUUCACUCAUAAAGGAAGCUUUAACGUCCAUGUGAGAGUUCACACUGGGGAGAAGCCUUACACCUGCCAACAGUGUGGAAAGAGUUUCUCUCAAAAAGGAAGCCUUAACUGGCACACGACUGUUCACGCUGGGGAAAAGCCUUACACUUGCCCUGAGUGUGGAAAGAGUUUUGCUCAUCAUAGAAAUCUUAACAUCCACAUGAUAAUUCACACUGGAGAGAGCCCUUUUACCUGCCAACAGUGUGGAAAAUGUUUCACUCGUAAGGAAUCUAUUGACAGGCACAUGAGAGUUCACACUGGAGAGAAGCCUUACACCUGCCAACAGUGUGGAAAGAGUUUUGCUCAAACUGGAAACCUUAAAGCUCACAUGAAAGUUCACACUUGACUUCCGGUAAUGCCAUGCCUGAGUCAGACUUUUAAGAACAUCGCUCAGCCCGAAUUUUUGUUUAAUCUGCCUGUUAAAAAGAAAAUUACUCCUUAAA